UCGAAAACUUCGUGAAACUUUUGCGGCUGAGAAAAUGGAGUUGUUUUUUGACGGUUAAGAAUUUAAAAUGAAGUUGAAUUUGUUUCCAGAGGUGACAGAAGUGAGGCUGGAAUGAGGUGUAUCCUGUUCUUCGCUUUGCUGGGCUGUAUUUUAGCCGUGAAUGGAGUUGCUGGCAGCUCCUGGUUGUUGGGAUGUUACUAUGUUAACCAGACCCUGGAUGACGGAUCUCUGCUGGCGGGAGUUUCUGUGAGGUUACAGACGGGAUCGGUGGUUGAGUGCGGAGAAGCCUGUGUUCAGGAAGGGUUUGCUUACAUGGGUCUGCAUUCCCGUGAGAGGUGCGCUUGUUACAAUGUUACCACCUUGCAGACGUUACACCAGCAGGGACUGAAGCAGAUUCUACCAGAGUACUGUAACAUCAGUUGUACAGGUGAUGGUGUCUCUCUUCCUUGUGGUGGUCACAGAUUGCGUCACCUGGGCAAAGAACUUGUUAUCACACCUGUGAGUCUGUACCUGGCGGCAGGCCCCUACUUGACAGGUGUCACACUCCAAGUGGAUGCUGAUUGGGUGGUUGUGCACACCCCGUUUGCCGUAGAGGCUGUGGCUAGUCUAGCGGGGUACCUCAACAUAUCAGAAGAAUGGGCGCACACCAACAAGUCUGGGUUAGAGAUCCAGGUUAGCUGGACCGUGGGAGACCACGAGGAAGACGAGACCGAGGAGGCGUGGGGACCCAGGUUGAAGUCACGAAUACCUUACACCUUCUCCCAGACAGGAAACUACACUGUUGAGGUCAAGGUCAGCAAUGUUAUAUCAUCGAUUUCAACACAGAUUGUGGUGAAUGUUAUCAAUCCGGAACCAAAGGAUCUCCAGCUUGGGCUAUUGACAGCGGAGGAAUAUCGUCCGUCCUGCACCCCAAAGAAAUGCAACAUUCAGCCGGGCACCGCAGCAGUUGCAGUCUUUGCAAACUACACGUCGUCCAUCGAAGCGUCUGUGUCUGUGGGUGCAAACCUGACGUUUGUUCUGGAGUACGGUGAUGACGGGUCUGUGUAUGAGCACCGGCCCAGCGAUGACACCCCUAACUGUGAAGAGAGGAACUGCACUUCUGUCGUACAGGACCAUGUGUUCAGGGAGAUUGGGGUUUAUAACGUGACCGUGACAGUCAGCAAUGUCUACAACACAGUCCAGGAAGUUCUGACUGUGGUCGUCGUGAAUCACAGCCUGUCAAACCUAAGCAUGAGCCUUCAUGAAGACUCGCCACGUCUUGUCACCCCUCUACAGCCAGUCAAGUUUCUGCUCAAGGUGGAAACUGCCUCCCGGAGAGACACCUACAUGGAACUCUUCAUCAGCAGUAAAAACAGGCGUGUCUUCAUCGUAAAGGAGUUUAACACUUCGGCCCUGGCCCUCAGCAAACCCGACCGAGCUGUCAUUGCGGCCAGUUACGGGGAGGGGUGUACCCUGGAGGUGAACCUUGACCAUGUGUUCUUAUCGGAAGGGCAUUACAGACCGGUCAUCACGGCCUUCAACAAUGUCAGCAACAUCACUGCGAAGUCGUCCGACCAUGUCCUUGUUGUGCAGAAGCUAUCUGUGCCCAGACUGCAUGCUGCGAGUGUCACAGCUCUGAACGUGCCAUCGAAGUAUCACGUGGACUUUGAGGUCAAGUCUCGGAACAUGAGCCUGACAUGGAGCAUUCUGACGCAGAGCAUGACCCCACUACACACAGUUGUAGAUGCCUCCCAGACCUGGACCUACACCUUUACCACACCUGGGCGUUACGUGGUGGCCGUUUCUGCUUCCAACAUCCAAGGGAAUGUCUCCACAUGGGCUCCAGUUUACGUCCAGGUACCCGUUACAGGACUAACGCUGGUGCAGCCUCCCCAGUUCCAUGCCCCCCUGGGGCACACACUUAGCCUCAGUGCCACGAUUGAAGGUGGAUCUGAUGUCGAAUUCACGUGGAACUUCAGCGACCCAAGCCACUUUACAGAUGUCAUUGAUAAAAACUCCACCACGUAUGCAAACCAUACCUACUUCAAGCCAGGGAAGUACAACGUGAGUGUCGUAGCUCAGAACAAUGUGAGUCGCGAGGUUGCCUCCCUUGCAGAACUCUUCAUUGUCCAACAGAGGGUAACGUUUGUUGCCUUGCAAAGCACCGAGCCAACGGCUUUAGGAAAUGCCACCAUAUUCCUGAGUUUCAUUGACAAGGGCACUGACAUCAACUUCGACUUUGACUUUGGCCAAGGCAAAGGUAGAGAGCCAGGAAAAGGGGAACAUAAACCCGAGGGGAAGUAUUUUGUGACUCAUUUUUUCACUCGCACAGGUAUCCACCAGGUGAAGGUAUUUGCAUACAACUUGGUGUCAGAGGUGACCUCUCAGAUAGAUGUCAUUGUGGAGGAGCCAGCUCCGCAGUUUCGCAUCGAAGUCGUGGAUCCAAUCAUCGCUAACCGCUCAGUUGUACUGGCAGCCAUGAAAGGAGGUGAUGUCAUUCAGAGACCAGAUUUGAUUUACACCUGGUAUGUGGGUAACCAAAGGGACAAGAUGGUAAAGACACGCUCCCCUCUCUUGUUCUGGACAUUCCCGGAGGCUGGAUCUUACAAUGUCUCUGUGGAAGCGGGCAACAGACUAGAACCCUUUGUGUUCAAUCGGGAGGUGUCUGUGGAAGAUGACGAGGGGCAGCUGUCUCUACAUCACUGUGGAGUGGCCGAGGUCAACCAAUCGUGUCGCUUCUCCCUUCUGGGCAAUGUGAUUGGCACAACUAAUGUGACUGUGAAGUACCGGAAUGAUGUGUCUGAUGCAGAGGAGAGGACACUCAACCCAAGUGGCUGGAGUAUUGUGUUUAAGCAGAGUGGACUUCACCGAGUGCUUGUACGAGGAGAGAAGAGGGAUGAUCAAACUGGGAAAAAUAAAGGGUUUGAACUAUUCUCAUUCUUUAUCGUCGAGGAAGUCAUUGGUGGUUUACAGCUCAAAGGACCACAGGUUGUCGCUCUCCACAGUUUACCACGGCGGUAUGUUUGGGAAGCUCUCUUGGACCAAGGAUCCCAUGUCAUCUAUGUGUGGGCAUUGGGGAAUAACCGGUCACUACCCACAACCUACAGAGAGUAUGCCCAGCGAUUUGUGGAGCGAGGGACUUACAUCCUGUUCCUGGAGCUUGUCAACGACGUCAGCCGAGUUAUGGCCAACCUGACCAUUGUGGCUCAGCACUCUAUCGUAGAUGUGGAAGCUGUCGUUCCUGCGGUCGUACUGCACGUAGCCACCAACCUCAGUCUUACCGUAGAAGGAGGUCGAGAGUUCUUCGUCCACGUCAACUUUGGGGAUGAUACCGAAGAGUUGCUGUCAUCGGAGGACAGGGGCCUGAUACUCCAAACCGUUGGUUCUCAGGAUUCGGAUGCGGCCGCCCCAGAACAUCACGUGUUUAUUCCUCAUCUCUAUGAAUCUGUCGGUGUGUACGAGAUCAGUGUGAACGUGUCUAAUAUGCUUUCCUGGAAGACCUUUUCCAAGUCAGCUCGUGUGGAGGAACCAAUCACAGGGAUUGUGAUCCGUUCAAAUUCACCCUCCGUUAUUCCCGUGGGGGACACUGUUGAAAUUUUUGUGACAGUGGAGUCUGGGACUGAUCUCAGCUUUAAGUGGCGCUUCAGCAAUAGACCCGACUCCACCUCUGUGGCAAGCAAUGCCAGUUCCAGUGUAGCAAAUCACACCUUCAGCUCACAGGGCACAUAUGUGGUAUCUGUUGAGAUAAACAACCCGUAUGUCCAGGCCCCACUCGUCGCGACCCUCAAAGGAUCUAUCCAAGUUGUCCAGCCUGUCGUGGACAUAACACUAGAGGUUGUAAAUGCUGUGGAGCUGAUUAACAACCAAGGGAACUGGUCCACAGAAGAUGUGGUCAUCAACGCUAGCUGCUAUGACUGUUCCCAUGUCACGUUUGAGUUCGACUUCGGGGACGGUACUUCUCGGAGUGUGACUGGCUUGGAAGAUAGCUUCUCUUUUAUGACAGGGGAGACAACUCAUCGCUACACAGCAGUUGGAGUGUACUCUGUUAGCGUCACCGCCUUCACUCCGCUCAACAACCUGACGUCCAAACCGCAGCUGCUGUAUGUGCAGGUGGCACCCAGAGAUCUACGCCUUGACCAUGCAAUCUACAAGACGCGCUUUGGGAACGACACACACUUUGUGGCUACUCUUACCCAGGGCACUAACGUUACCAUCGACUGGAAGUUUGGAGACGACCAAGAAAAACUGGAUGGAGGUCUUGAGGUCACCCAUCGCUACCUGAAUCGUGGAAGCUUCAACGUAAGUGUGACAGCACGGAAUCGGGUAGGCAGCCCUGAGGACUCGGCAACGGUUUAUGUGCAAUACCCGAUCCAAGGUGUAGACCUGCGUGUGAACACAACCCUGGUUGCCUCUGGUGAGACAGUGAAGUUCACAGCCACUCCCUACCCCUUGGAGUUUGCGGACGAUGAUUCCUUUGUAGGGUGGUACAUUUGGAAGUUAGACUCUUUAUCCAGCAACAACCCCCAGACAAGCAAGAACAGCAUCGAGUACACCUACAGUUAUGCUCGCAAAGAUAAAACCCGCGUGACAGUGACUGUGACAGCUGCUAACUUUGUGAACAAUGCGACGUCCAAGCCACUGGACUUAUACGUCCUUUCCAAGGUGACCUUUUUGCAGAUGCAGUACAGCGGGAUACCUCUACUCAACCACACACUCACCUUCACUAUGUCCACGUACUCUGGCAGUGAGCUCAAUUACACUUGGGAUUUUGGAGAUGGGUCACCUGUCGUUUCGGGUUAUGUCCAGACCAUCAACCACACCUUCACCAGGGUUGGAGAGUAUGAAGUCGUAGGGUAUGUAGAGAAUGCCCUGAGUAACGCCACGGUGAAGGAAACUAUCUUCAUCCUGGAAACGCCUUGUGCCCCACCCCAGAUCACAAUCUUACCACACUUGCCUGGAUCACAGGAACAGUAUAUAAUUGAACGGUCCAAGGAAGUGAAGAUAGAGCUGGAAACCAAGGUGAGCUGUUCCAUUACCCACGCUAUGGCCUACACCUGGAUGCUGCUGAAUGAGACGACAGGUGAGGCAGUUGACAUCAGCUCUGUCCGCCCCCAGGUGUUCAGAGAGAGAACACUGUACUUCCCGCCAAGGACGCUCAACUACGGCAACUAUACUCUACACCUAGAGGUAAAAAUGAAUGGUACAAUUGUGUAUUCCAAAGUGGACAUUAAGUUAGGCAUCGUGGCGUCCCUGUUGACCAGCGUGAUCCGAGGCGGCAUCUUAAGGCAGAUAAGUCCUCAGGACGUGGUGGUGCUGAACGGGGCCAGUUCCAGAGACCCUGACUUUGAAAACUCUACAGACAUGAUUUACCAAUGGACCUGUUACCGGCUGAAGGACCCAGACGAAGGGUGUUUUGCUGAGAACAUGUCGUCCGUGCUGGAUCCCACACAGAGCAUACUGCAGUUCCCUGGCCACUUGCUCUCACCUAACAACUUCGAAGAGGAGUUUGUAUUCAACCUAACUGUGUCCAAGCCUGGCCGUGAACCCCACACUGCCACCCAGAUCCUCCGUCUCUCAGACGCAAACUCUCCCACAGCACUGCACAUCCAGAUCACAUGCCCUGCGUGUAUGGAUGGCCUUGUCAAUAACAAUGAGCGACUGGCCAUGAAAGCUGUCUGUGAGAACUGCGGAGCUCAUGAUGAGCUUGUCUACACCUGGAGUAUUUAUAGUAUAGCCGGCCAAGAUGGCUUGCGAUCUGACAAUAAUGACAAUGGCGGACACAAAUGUGAACCUCAAAACAUCGCUGCUGCUCCUGAAAGUCUGAAGGCGGAAGAUCCAGAAGACGUCCCAAAGGAACCACCAGCUACAACAACAACAACAAUCGCACCUCCAGUCGCUGUGGAGAACUCAACAGAGAUCCCUGGACUGUUCAAACCAAAGGAAGCCUCUUCUGAUGGUCGCAACACCCGGAGGAGAAAGCGACACAACCAUGACCCAGAGGAACCAGAAGAUCCCAUACCCCUGCCACAGCCGGAGCCGGGGACAGCCGGUUCUGCUCGCUUCUUAGGACCCAGCAGGCGACAGGACUAUGUGCCGCCUGUUCCAUCGGAGACAGGCUCCAGUGUGAUGGACAAGGGUCAGUUUGUGAGCACGAUCAGUGAGGGCAGGGACGAAACGGGCAGCACUGGGGGACGAUCAGGCAGUGGCUUCCAUGAAGGUGUAGGGAAUGGACGGAACAACCCAGGUGGUAAUCAGAAUCGUGAAGAACCCCCUCAAGGGGAGACUGUGAAGGAUACAGAGAAGCCAGUACAGCCGUUCACACCACCAAAACUCCUGGUUGAACAACACAAAAGUAUAUUUAAACCGGAAGCCAAAUACAUGAAAACCGGCUACAACAAAAACGUCUUCAUUCUGAAACCUGGGGCGCUGAGUCAGGGCCAACAGUACAUCUUCAUUGUUCAGGUUACCAAGAAAGGUGAGCCGUUGACGAAGGGCGAGUCGUGGGUGUUGGUAGUGGUGAACCAGUCUCCCAGCCGAGGUAUCUGCACCGUGCCCAGUAGUCAGAGCCCCAGCUUCAGUUAUGAGCUCGAGGAAAAGUUCCAGGUGUACUGCAAAGAGUGGCAAGAUAAUGAUCAUGGUCCGUUGUCUUAUGAAGUGAGCUAUCGGCUAGGCUUGGAGGAAGAUGAGCCAUACAACCUGAUCUACAGAGGACUGAACACAAAGAUGGAGUUCAGACUGCCUGCUGGUAAAGGACCAGAGCACAAGGUGUUUGUGCGUAUUCUGAUCAGUGAUAACUUUGGAGCGAGCACUCAAGCCUGCAACAUCACCCUAAAGGUGCGUCCCCGAGAGCAGAACUAUGGCAACGAGACCGUGGAACAGCAACUGUACAAUGAGGUUAGUCGCAGCGAUUCUACAUUGGGUGUGUUCAUCAGUCAGAAGGAUUACUCUAACACCAGGGUGUUCGCGAACUACCUCACGCUCAGCCUUAACCGCCUGGGCCCCUCACCAGCAGCCACCAAGAGCACACGACAAGAGGUCCGGCACACCCUGCUCAGUCUCCUUAAUAGCUUCCCCAUCAGGGAUGAGUAUGAGCUGUGGCAGACCAUUCAGCCUGUUGUCCAGUUGACCAAAGUUAUAGACGAGCUGGACAAGAGAUGCGUAGGCGAGGCGACUCAGCUCUUGCAGAAGAUCGCCACCGAGGCACAGGUCAUCUACAAAAACCAAAACCAUGGCCGCUUGGACCCGCUGCGCUACAUCGUCGAUGUCAGCUCCAACAUCAUGGCAGCAUCCAGCCUCGUCCGCACAUCCUCAGGCGAGCAGAUGUCCACGAUCCCACCUAGGGUGACAACAACCAAGGCGGAUGAAUCCGUGGCCUCCGUGACCUGGGUAAUUGACACCAUGUUACAGGGCCAGCUUCAGUCUCGUUACGUAGGAGAGGAAGCCAUCCAGUGGUCGUCAAGCUACAUUUCCGUGUUUGCCAACCGUUAUGGUACGAUGAAAGGGCCUCUUAUACAGAUGGGGGAUGCCAGUUGCAGCUUACCAACGGACAUGUCUCUGGUCUUGGCAACAAAAUCGGCAGACGCUGUCCAGUUGUCCACAAGCUCUUCUCUUCAUCUGCCGGCGACCAGUGAAAACUGUUACGAGGCUCACAUGAUCACCUUCCACGAAGACCCCUUCUCAUUGCACGUGGCUAAGAACAAAGACAUUCAGGUAAACUCCAAGGUCACUUCCCUCAAGGUCAUGGAUUGCCAUGGUGAAGAGGUCAAGGUCAAAAACUUGUCCCAAAACAACAUGGUGAAGAUUGAAAUCCCUCAGAAGGAACCAGAGAAGGAACCUUCCUGCAGCCACACCCUGAACAAGUGGCAGAUGAAUGUCCAUCAGUUCAACAACAGCGAGAAGAAUGUCAACCAGUCCCUUCACAUCCAGGUGGAGCUGGUACCCGUGGGCAGAGGGCGCCUCUUCUCCAUCGCAGCCCUCAUUCGAAUGCAGCAUGGUCUAACCCAGGUGUGGUGCGCCACCAACACCUGACUUGUACCUGCUGAAGCGAGAGUUCAAAGCUGACCAGAACACCCUGCCCCUCUACCUACCUGCAGGCACCCUAAAUGG